UGAAAAAAGUAUUUCGCCAAGAGAACUGGAUUUCGCUUUUGAUAAAAUUGUCGAAGUUGUCCAAUUUCACGAGUUCAGGGACGACAUAAGUAAAAUUCGGAAGAAUAAACCGGUAGCAACGAAUAUUCAAAAGUUAAACCCUUUUCUUCAGGAAAAUAAAUCGGAUUGGUGCUCCUCGACAUUGCUACGAGUUGGGGGUCGGUUAUUGAAUGGGAAACUUGCCAGCAGAUAGACUUCGAGCUCUCCGCCCGUUCAAUAUUUGUGGCGUUGAUUUUUGUGGUCCCUUCAGCAGAACGUAUCGUAUCCGUGGUAAGCCACCGUACAAGUCGUACGUGGCCUUGUUCGUCUGUUUUGCGUCCAAAGCGGUCCAUUUAGAAUUAGUGUCUGACCUAACCACUGAUGCGUUCUUGUUGGCAUUUCAAAGGUUCGUGAGUCGUCGCGGGAUUCCGGAGAAGGUGUGGUGCGACAACGCCACCAAUUUCGUCGGCGCAGAUCGCCACAUGAGAGAGUUCCGAGCCCGUCUGGAGGAGCAGGGGGGCGGUAUCGAAACAUUCGCAUCAAAAAAAGGAUGCGAGUUUGCGUUCAUACCGCCCAGAGCACUGCACUUCGGCGGACUAUGGGAGGCAGGUGUGAAGUCUGCAAAGCACCUGUUCCUUCGGACGGUAGGCCAAGACCUCUUGACCGCGGAGGAGCUCGGAACUCUGCUCACCAGCGUGGAGGCCGUGCUCAACUCCAGGCCCCUCGGCGCUCUAAGCAGCGACCCGAACGACGGCGAGGCCCUGACUCCCGGGCAUCUGCUCAUCGGCGGCCCUCUUCUGGCCCCACCAUCAGCGGCGCUCCCGGACCAGAUCAGUCUGACCUGCUUGCGACGAUGGCGAGGUGUCUCGUCUCUCAGGCAGCGGUCCAAGUGGCACCAGGGGGAGCGCAACCUCGUCGUGGGAGCGCUCGUCGUCGUCGCAGAAGACAAUCUUCCGCCCCAGCAGUGGAGGAUUGGACGAGUGGUAGCGGUGCACGCCGGCGUCGAUAGCAAGGUUCGCGUGGCGGACGUCAGGACGCAGGACGGCGAAUAUCGGCGAGCUGUCCACCGACUGGCCCUGUUACCCGUUCUGCUCUGAAGGAAGUCGUCCCUUCAGAGGGGGCGGUGUUUGCGCACUCAGCGCUUGUAUUUAAAUCAUUAGUUGUAGGGCGAGAGCGGGAGCCAAUAAAGCUUUCGUCUGUUCGCUCUUGCGAAUUCGCCCCGUCUCUCGCCACCGUAGCAUAAGUUAGGUUCUAAGAGAAAUUAUUGAAAUAUAAUUGUUAGUGAUCAAUCGAACGUCAUCGUAGCCACUCCUUUUCGUCGCGCUUUUGACAUAGUUUUCACAAAGUUUCGCAAAUUAAAAUCGUCUCGAACUACUGCGUUCACAAAUUUUCGCGUCGUUAAUACAAAAUAGUAUUAAAUUUUCAUGGUGACCCCGACGUGAUUAGC